AGUUUUAGGUUAUAAAUUAAGGUUAAAUUAUAUAAUCUUAUUUAUAAAGGGCAACACUUGUCUUUAAAUCCAAGCCGUCUGUGGCAAAUAUUAGGGCCGCUGCGGUUUCUCGUCGGAAGACAAAAGCGGAAGGACACGACCGAAUUACGGAGUUUUGAAAACAGUGUUGUGAGUUUUGUCUUCAGGGCUGUUUUCUCUGAUCAAGAUGGACGGUUUAACGUCGACUGUGCGCUCGGCUUUAGUCUUUUUGUUAGUAAAUGUGUUCGUGGUUCGCUGCGACAUAACGGACGGAAAUGCGGAACAUUUAAAGAGAGAACACUCUCUGAUCAAACCCUACCAAGGGGUUGGCAGCAGCCCUUCCAGUCAGUGGGACUUCUCAGGAAGCACGCUGGUGACCAGCUCCUACGUCCGCCUCACUCCGGAUGAGAGGAGCAAACAAGGAUCCAUCUGGAACACUGUGCCAUGCCACCUGAAGGACUGGGAGAUGCACGUUCAGUUCAAAGUUCACGGGUCAGGGAAGAAGAAUCUCCAUGGCGACGGCAUUGCUAUCUGGUACACCAAGGACAGACUGCAUCCAGGGCCGGUGUUUUCCAACAAUGCUCACUUCCACGGCCUGGCCGUUUUCAUAGAUACUUACUCUAACGAUGAUGCCGCAGACCGCUCCUUCCCUUACAUCUCGGCUAUGGUCAACAACGGCACGGUGACGUACGACCACGGCAAAGACGGCCGCUCGUCGGAGCUGGGGGGCUGCUCGGCGGAGAUCAGGAACAGAGAUCACGACACCUACCUCGCCAUCCGCUACUCCAAAGGACGGCUGACCAUCAUGGUCGACGUGGACGACAAGAACGAGUGGAAGGAGUGCAUCGACAUCGGGGGGGUCCGCCUCCCCACCGGGUAUUUCUUUGGGGCGUCGGCGGCCACAGGAGACCUGUCAGAUAACCACGACAUCAUCUCCAUGAAGCUGUACCAGCUGAUGGUGGAACACACGGCUGAAGAGGAGAGCCUGGACUGGACCAAGAUCGAGCCCAGCGUCAGCCUCCUCAAGUCCCCCAAAGACAACAUCGACGAUCCGACCGGGAACUUCCGCGGCACGCCGCUGACCGGAUGGAAGAUCUUCCUGCUGCUGCUGUGCGCCCUGCUGGGCAUCGUGGUGUGCGCCGUGGUGGGCGCCGUGGUGUUCCAGAAGAGACAGGAGAGGAACAAGAGGUUCUACUGAGCAGAGGAGCCGCGUGGAACGAACUGCUUUCCCACAUGAGCACAUUCAAUGUGAAUUUUGCUGAAGAUUGUAUAAAUGUCGGACUCUGGAAGCACUGCAGCGCCGGUGAAGCCGGCGGCGGACUGGAGGCGGGCGCCGUGCGUGAAUGCUGUCUUUGUUUUUUGUGUGUUGCUGUCGACAAACUCUUGGAUCUGCUGGUUGGUCUGUCGGGUGUUUCCAGGCUUUUCUAUGCUGCGGCUGUGAAUCAUUAACUGUGUCAGCAGAUGAACUCUUGUUGUCUUUGAGUCUUCCAUCCAGUUCUCUCCAGUAUUCCUAGAAGUUCAUGGAGGUGGUGAGCAAGUGUUGGAUUUGGUGGAUCUGCUUCCUUAAUUUAGACGCGUCGAGCUAUGACUCCGUCCUCAAUCUGGAACUUGUCUUCCAGCAGAUUUUUUCUGGAGAUAUUUCCAUUUUUUUAGUUGAUUUGUUUCCGAGAAACUUCCAGAAAUAUGUUGCAGAGACUCGAUUUUUCAGCUUGUGAAAGUAACUUGAAAUAAUGUCAGAAAACAAUCAGGAUUCAGAAAUUCACAUUUAGUUGGUUUACAAUCUGGUAUUUCUGUUUUAAUUUGGAGGAUUAUUUAUAAAGGCGAUGUUCUGCUGUCUGUCAUUGACCAACUAGGAGAUGACCCCAAACGUAGAAUAUUUCAAUAUUUUCUCCUGUUUUCUCAUCAUUCGUUUCCAGUUUCUCCUGCAGGUGGACUUAAAGAGUUUAAGUCCUUUUGUCCCGUCGGUUCGUCAGAUUUCUGCUUCCACAGCGUUCCUUCAAUAAACCGAAUGUGAUCUUUCUGCUGGAGAUCUCUGUAAAUCUGUCUCAGCGUCACAUGACUUUCAGACACAAAUGAAGGUCAAAUUACAGUUUCACUGAAUCUGUGCAAAGAUGGUUGUUGUUUUUUUUAAAGCUAAGCUGAAAGUUUGUUUUCUGUUGCGUCGUCUGGUUUUGUGUUGAAAUUUGAUCAUCUCAGAGAUGGAAUAAAGAUGCUGACCAGCA